AGUUAGGCAGCACUAAUUAAUGCAUCACCCAAGCAUGGAGAAUACUUCUUCAAUUCCGUCAUCCUUGAAAGGUUUGAGGAAAGGACCUUGGGCUGAAGACGAAGAUCUACUUUUAAGGAAAUGUAUAGAAAAGCAUGGUGCAGGAAAAUGGGGUCAAGUUCCUCUUAGAGCAGGCCUAAAUCGAUGUCGGAAAAGCUGUAGACUGAGGUGGUUGAACCAUCUGCAACCAGAUCUCAAAAGAGGAGAGUUUGAAGCAGAUGAAGUGGAUCUUAUUGCCCGCAUGCAUAAGCUUCUUGGAAACAGGUGGUCCUUAAUUGCUGGUAGAGUUCCCGGAAGAACAGCAAACGAUAUCAAGAAUUUCUUCAACACUCACUUGAAGAAAAAAUGUUUCUCUAAACACGGUCAGAAGAACAAACAAAAGAAACGUAGACGUCCUUCUCGUCGGAAUAUCGAUGAUAAUCAUAUGACGGUGAUGACAAAAGUUUUGAGACCUCAACCUCGAAGCUUCUCCGAGACAUCUCAGUGGAUAAUAAACAAAGAAUCAGCACCAAUAGCAGCAGGGAUGAUUAACAAUCUUAAAGCCACAACAAAUAGUAAUGAUCAUGAAGAUCAUGAGUUGGCAAAGAAUUCUUUGUUGUCGGUCGUUAAUCAUCUUGAUGGGUUCUCAUCAAAAAAUGUUAACAGUAGUGAUGCUUACUACUGUAACUUUCAUAAUGAUCGGAGGUUGAAAGAAGUUGACGAUUACUUGAACAAUGAUGGCUGGUAUCUGGAUGAUGAUCUAUGGAGAAUGUUAGGGGAAAAUCAAGAUGGACAGUACUUAACCAUCUAAUCGAUCACAUUCCCAUAGGCCUUGCCGAGAAAAUAAUUAAGAAGUGGUCCGUACACUUUUGUUUGUUCUUUGUUUAGUUAUCCCAAAAAGUAGGAGUUGUUUGUUUGUUUCUAAUUCAAGUGUUUCUGGAUUUGUCUAAAUACAUGUGGAUAAAUAUUAAUGCGAAUCAGUUCUGUA